AUGGAAAGGCUCUGUUCACUUAUCAGCGCCUACUUAAUGGAAGAGAUGGACUGUUCGGCUUUAGCAUUGUCAGAACAUGUUUAUAGAGAAAAAAAAACCAAUGCAACAAUUAUGCUGCUGCUUAAGUCUAUGUACAAGCUGUCAUGCUAUGAAAGAUGUAUUGAGACGAUAGAGCUGAACAGCUCUGUGAUGAAGAUUCAUGAAGCUAGAGUUAUAUACUAUAGAUGCAAAUCCCUAACAGGAAAGAAAAGCAAAGGGCUUCUUGCAAGCAGCGGGUGUGAUGAGGAACUAGAGAGGUAUCCUCCUGCAGAGAUAUCCAAGAGAAGCGUCAGGCUACUUUUUGAGGGGCUGACAAAAGAAGAUGUGAAAAAGAAGGAAAUCCUUUUAGAAGCAUAUAGAUCUGACAACAACAAUUUGGAGGCACUACUAAGAAUGAAAAACGACUGCUUGAUAAACAAGAAAGAGCUUCUUUUGCUUAUAGACGAAUGUAAGGAUAAACACAUGCAAGAUGUUUACAUGGAGAUAUUCUAUCCAUGCUUUGAGUCAGACUUUUACUUUCUACCCUUCUAUUCGCCGUGGUAUGGAGUCAAAUUGGCUAGGCAGUAUUAUAAAAGUGGAAAAGACAUGCUGUUAUUUAACCUGGGUGCCUCGAUGGUGAGGCUAUAUCCGAACUCUGAGUUCUCUUUUGUUGCUCUUGGGCUAUUUUUCCUGAUGUCCUCUAAUUAUUCUGAGGCUAGAAGGUGCUUCUACAAAGCCGUCCAGAUAAACAACGAGUAUGGGAGGGGGUGGCUAUAUCUUGGGAUGGCAUAUUCUGGGAUGAAAGAAUGUGAGAGCAGCAUAACAUGCUUGAACAUAGCUUAUAAGACAAUGAUAGGGUCUUACAAGCCUGCUUUUUACCUGGCAAAAGAAUACCAUCGGAUGAACAACUUUGAAAGGGCCUCGUUCUUUUAUAAGCACGCUCUUGGAAUAAAUCCAUCUGUGCAGGUCCAAGAAAGAUACAUAUCGCUUCUCAUAUACUACGAAUACUAUCCAGAGGCUCUAAGUUACCUAGCAGCACAGAAAAACAGUUUGCUGGGCUUAUUAAGAGUCUACUGUAAUCUAUUUUUGGGAAAGGUUGCAGAAGCACAGAAGCACCUUUCAUCGUGCCAAGCAGAUUGGAGAUACUAUGCUACUGCUGGAUUUAUAGAUCAUCUGUUGAAUAACCUUGACUCGGCAGCGGAUAACUACAACAAGGCUCUUUUGAAAACUCAUGUGAAUUUAGUUGAAGAGCUUCUUGGCCUUGCCAUAGAGAAUAUGACGUGCAAGCAAAACAACAACGUCUAUGAUUAUGCUACUGACCUGUUUGAUAAUAUGAUGCCUAAAUAUUCCUUUGAAACAAUUUGA